CGUCUGAUCUGAAAAAAUUUUAAUGACAGAACAGACAUCAGAUACGAUACCAGUGAAAUAGUGAAGCAAAGAUUUGUUGGUGGUUCUGUUAUGGGUUAAAUGUAUUUGUUUUCUAAAAGGUAACUCAAUUCUUGGUAAAACCAGUUAUUGACUAGUGUUGUUAACAGGUAAAACUUUGCUUAGACUUUGCCUGUACGUAGACCUACUAAUUUUAGUAUUGUACGGUAACACUACGUUACUUUGUGUAAAACAUAAAAAUGUUGUGAAUAGACUUUUUAUUUUGUUUCUGAAGCUCGAGUAUCAAAAUGGAUAACGACGAUAAACAAUUACCGGCAGUCAACCAGUACUUUUCUUCAAGUAGUAGCCGUGAUAACUUCUUUGAUGAUCUGUCACCUGCAUCUGGCGAAAACUCUGCAUUAAUGAGAAGUACAAUUGACAUUAAUUCAAGUGCUUCAGAUGAUCCUUUUCAAAGCUCUUCAAAAAGUGAUCCAACUGCCAUUUUUGAUCAGUCUUUUAAAUCCGAAGAUAAUCUAAGCUCAAAUGAUCAAAACGCAUCUAAAUUAAAAUUAAAAGAAGAACCUGUUAUUUGCCGUGUAUUUUCAACUAAUGAAACAGUAAAUGCGAAUCAACCAGAUGGGUCAGCUAGAGAUUUCUUUGAUAUGCUAAGCUCUCCAACUCUACAAACUACACAAGCAGCGACUACUCUUGGAAACGUCAAACCCAACUUGAGAAUUGAUUAUAAUCUUGCAGUUGAGCCAAGCUGUAUCUCUUCUGAUUACAUGCAAGAUAACUUAAUAAAAAAAGUUGAUAAUGAUGAACCUUUCUUUGGUACAAAAGGAUGUAAUGAAUAUGAUCGUAGUAGAGAUGCCUGGAUACCAUCUGAAAGAACUAGACUUGCUCUUGAACAAUCCUCGUCUGUACCAGGAUCUAUGCCAACUGAUCCUCAACUUCUUACCAUGCCUGGAGUAAUUCCUGAUGAGGAUCUUGUUGAUACUGUGGAACAGGUUGUUACUCACUUUCUUGGAGAAGCAGAAGCCAAUCAGAGGAGGAUUUUAACAAUGAAAGAUGUUACACAAGAUGAACGAGGACUUCGAGAGUUGAUCAAAGCAGAGUGCUUUAAAGCAGCUGUCAAUUUAACUGGUGUUUUGUUGAAGAUGUAUGGACAAGGGGCUGGGAGAGCAGGACAUACUAGUAAGCACACAGUUCAUUCGAUUCAGUUAUGGUUCACACGUAUUGCACUUCUUGUAAAAUUGCAAUCCUACUCCCUAGCUGAAGCUGAAGCUAGUGUAUGGUGGGAUUGCGAUAGACCUGACCUCUACUAUCAGUUCUAUCCAGAGUUGUAUGGCGGUCGAUUGGGCACGUUGGUUCCAUUUCAGUUUCGCUUGCUACUUGCUGUUUUGCCCAGCUUCGGUGAAUCAAGUGAGCGACACCAAGAAGCUCUAGAUCGUUUACAUUCCAUUCUGGCUGUUGUCCGAAAAAUCAUUUCAAACUUGGACAGUGGAAAGAGUGAGGGUGGUGAUUUAGAAUUGAGUUCUGAAGAGCGCGCUAGCUCAAAGAAUCUAUGGAAACAGCGAGAAGCAAGAGUACUUCAUUCCGUGGUCAAUGUAGCACUGCAAAUGAAAGAUUAUAUGCUUGCCGUUGAUGUCCUGCAGUUAUUAAUAAAGAAUGAAAGUCAACCUUCUCAGAAAAGGGCGCUAUCUUCAGCUCUAGGACGUGUCCUACUCCAAUUGGGUGAUGUGAUAAGUGCAGAUAAAUGUUUUCAAACAGCACGUUCCCUGAAACAAACUCAAACUGGUACAUUGGCUAGUCACACAGCUGAUCUUCAAGAACUGGUUGAUAGAGGUCUGAUGGCUGUUGCUCAGCAUGCUUUUCAAGAUGCUUAUGAUGCCUUCCAGAAAGCAUCGUUGCUUGAACCGUUCAAUCUCAUGGUUCAGAACAACAUGGCCGUUUGUCAACUCUACCUUGGUAAUUUGAAAACAGCUUUAUCUAUUCUUUGUGCCUCUGUACAUUCACACACUAACUCUGCGCUUCAAGAAAAUCUUUUACUCAACGUGUGUACACUUUUUGAACUAGAAAGUUCUCAAAGCAAAGAGAAUAAAUUAGCUCUACUAAGACUGGUCAAUAAAUACAAAGGAGAUGCAUUUAGCUUGCCAUGCUUGAAAUUGAAAAUGUAAUUAACUUGUCACUUUUUGUGUAGUUGAGAAGUUGAUAUUGUGGUAAUUAUUCAUAUUGAAUGAAAAAGACUAAGAAAUUUUCAAAAAACCACUGAAAUUUUAAUAAUUAUCAAUAAAUCAGUGGGUUUUUGACAAUUUUUUAUUCUUUUUCAUUCAAUAAUUAACUUGAUCCAAACUUAUCUGACCUAGUAAUUCCAUUAUUUAUUUGUAUCAUCAUCCAAAUGAAUAUAUAUAUAUAUAUAUAUAUAAUUAUUGUUUAUAUUAUUUAUUAAAAUUAAUAUGGUAUAUCCUAUAAAUUGAUGAAAAUAAAAUUUUGAAUUGAGAU